AUGGAAGACAAAGAGAAGAAAGCUCAUCGUCCACGUCAAGCUGGUUCCAAAAAAGAUAAGAAAGAUAAAAAGGAUAAAAAAAAGAAACCCCAAGAAAAAAACAAUCCAAAGGCGUUUGCUCCUUUCUCUGGGAAAAAAGCUGACAAACUUGCUCGUCGUAAACAAGAGCUUCUCCAAAAGAAACUUCAUGUUCCACUCGUAGAUAGAACACCUAUAGAACCACCACCUAUUGUGGUUGCUAUUGUUGGCCCACCACAGACUGGUAAAACUACUUUGAUAAAAUCACUGGUAAAAAGAUACACUAAACAUAAUCUUACAGAAGUUAAAGGACCAAUUACAGUUGUUAGUGCUAAAAUAGCUGAUUUAGUGCUACUUUUAAUUGAUGCAAGUUUUGGUUUUGAAAUGGAAACAUUUGAAUUUCUUAAUAUUUUACAAGCUCAUGGAUUUCCUAAAAUAAUAGGUGUUCUGACACAUUUGGACAAAUUUAAAAAUAACAAAGUUUUAAAAAAUACCAAAAAAAGAUUAAAACAUCGUUUCUGGACAGAAAUUUAUCAAGGAGCAAAGCUUUUUUAUCUGACUGGUAUAAUAAAUGGCCGAUAUUCUAAUAACGAGAUACAAAAUCUUUCAAGAUUCAUUUCUAUUAUGAGGUUUCGUCCGCUGAUUUGGAGGAAUACUCGUCCAUAUUUGGUGGCUGAUCGUGUUGAAGAUUUAACUGAUCCCGAAGAAGUUAGAUUAAAUCCAUUGUGUGAUCGUACUAUAACUUUAUAUGGUUAUCUACGAGGAACAAAUAUGAAAAGUAAUAUGAAGGUUCAUAUACCUGGUGCUGGAGAUCAAUGCAUUUCAGACAUUUCUAUUUUAUCAGAUCCCUGUCCUCUUCCUGAAAAAGUAAGGAGGAGUCUCAGUGAAAAACAAAAACUUAUUUAUGCUCCAAUGUCUGAUGUAGGAGGUAUUAUGUAUGACAAGGAUGCUGUAUAUAUUAAUGUUCCUGGAAUUGAAUAUGAACAAGGAUUUGGUGAAAGAAUGGUCAUGAGUUUACAAGAUGCUCCUGAUACACUUGGUAGUCAAUUGCAAGAAAGUGAAUUAACUUUAUUCACUAAUUCUAAUCAUUUGAAAGCAUCGAAUUUGACUCUAUUAGAUGGUAGCGAAUAUGACACUGAAGUUGCUUAUGCUGAAAGUGAUAGUGACUUGGGUGAUACAAUUUUGGAUGAAGAAGAAGGAAAUUCAGAAGAUGUCGAUGGAUCUCUUAGGCAGAAAACUAAUUUGACUGAGGAUGAAGAGGAUGAAGAGUUGUUUAAGUUUGUAGAAAGUGAAGAAAAAUCAAACAAUUCUAUGAACGAAAUUGAUUCAAUAAAACUAAGCAUAAAGAUGGAUGAUUUAAAUCGAUGGGAUAACGAGGAGAUACUAGAAUCAUUAAGGAAUAAAUUUAUUACCGGUAGCUUAGAUGAUGAUGAUGAUGCCCAAAUAAACUUUGAUGACAAUGACGAUGAUUUAGAUGAGGUACAGGGUGAUUUUGAAGAUCUUGAAAUAGGAGAAGCCGUGAAAGCAUCUGAAAAUACCAAUACAAAAGAAGAGAUUGAACGAGAGGAAUUAGCAAAAAAAAAGGCAUUUCUAAAGAAAAAAUUUGAUGCUGAAUAUGACGAUAAUAAGGAUAAGCCGAAGGGAGAUUUUUAUGAUGAAGUAAAGGAGGAGAUAGCUAAACAAUUACAAAUUAAUCGGGAAGAAUUUGAAUCAGAUGAUCCUGUGGCUAGAGCAAUGAUUGAAGGGUUUAGUCCUGGAACUUAUGUUCGUAUCUUAUUGAACGAAAUACCUUGCGAGUUUGUUAAACAUUUUGAUCCAAUAUAUCCUAUAAUAGUAGGCGGGUUAUUAACCACUGAAGAAAAUUUAGGAUUCAUUCAGCUUCGAAUUAAACGUCAUCGUUGGCACAAGAAAAUAUUAAAGACUAAUGAUCCUCUCAUCUUUUCAAUUGGUUGGAGGAGAUUUCAAUCAAUGCCUAUUUAUUCAUUAAAUGAUGGUACAAGAAACAGGAUGCUUAAAUACACACCUGAGCAUAUGCAUUGUUUAGCAACUAUUUACGGGCCAAUCCAUCCCCCAAGCACAAGUUUCUGUGCGGUUCAAUCUGUUUCAGCAAGCAACACAGCUUCAUUUCGUAUUAGUGCAACAGGUGUUGUUCUUGAUAUCAAUCAUUCAGUUGAAAUUGUUAAAAAAUUAAAAUUAACAGGUUUACCUUACAAGAUUUUCAAGAAUACUGCUUUCAUCAAAGACAUGUUUUCAUCUGCAUUAGAGGUUGCAAAAUUUGAAGGUGCAGCUAUUAGAACUGUUUCUGGUAUUAGAGGACAAGUUAAAAAGGCUGUUUUGAAAAGCGAUGGACAUUUUCGUGCUACAUUUGAAGAUAAAAUAUUAAUGAGUGUUGCAAAAUUUGAAGGUGCAGCUAUUAGAACUGUUUCUGGUAUUAGAGGACAAGUUAAAAAGGCUGUUUUGAAAAGCGAUGGACAUUUUCGUGCUACAUUUGAAGAUAAAAUAUUAAUGAGUGAUAUUAUAUUUCUUCGAGCCUGGUAUCCUAUAAAACCAAAGAAAUUUUAUAAUCCAGUCACAUCAUUAUUGUUAUCUUCAAAGAAAGAUUGGCAAGGAAUGCGAUUAAGUGGUGUAGUUAGACAUGAAUUGAACAUGCCAACACCACAUAAAUCCGAUUCUGAUUAUAGAAGCAUUGAAAGAAAAACAAGGCGAUUUAAUCCCUUGCACAUUCCAAAAUCUCUUCAGGCUGAAUUACCAUUUGAAUCAAAACCAAAACUUUUGAAGAAACAAUCUAAACAAUCCUAUAUGCAGAAACGAGUAGUAGUUAUGGAACCUAAAGAAAAGAAUCUAGCCAUCAAUUAG